AUGUGGUGAAUAUGAACAGAAUAUUCUAAGCAGGUUGAAGAUGUCGUGAUGAAACCCACUGUCUGUGUGCUGAAUGUGUGUUCCUUCUAUCUUCAUUCUUGCUCCUGGGAUGAACCACUGACCAAAAGCAGCUUAGGAGAGGACAAGGUUUAUUGCAGCUUCUAGGUGACAGCUCACCACUGAAGGAGCAUAAGCAGCAGCUUGUGGUGAAAGACAUGAAGAAACACUGCUUGCUGGCUUCCUCGUACAGCCCAAGACCACCUUCCCACAGAAUGAAUGGCGCUAGCCACAGAGGGUCUGUGCCCUUCACAAUUAACAACCAAGACAACUUCCCACAGAUGUGCCCACAGCUAAAUCUGAUCAGGUCAAGAAGCCCUCACAGGACUCCCGUCCAAGGUGCCUCUGUGCUAUGUAAAGUUGACAUGCAAAACUGACUAGGGCAAAUGAAUGAAUGAAUCUGCCACUUUCAAAAGUCAGAUAAUAGUGAAAGCCCAGUCCCUCGAUGUGAGGGACUCACUGCUCCCAGCUUGCAGAUGUGAAAGUCUAAGACAGAGUGAAUGUUCAGAGCUCAGCCCUGAUGCCCUCCACCAAGAGCUCCUACAAGAUAAAGAUAAACCUGCCCGCCAGCCCUAGUACCACAGUCAGCUGUCUCAACAGGCUGCUGGGAGAAAUCCUUCAGCUUAGAUGCCAGGGUCUGUUGGAAAUAGGAAGGCCAGAGACACUCUGGAGGUUAAACUGAAAUUUACCUUUCCUGGGAUACCAUUGGGGGUGGAUGGGGACCGAGCAGAGGUCCUACAUCCUCACCUAAAUACAAUAAACUAUGACCACAAGCUAAAGUGCUUGCUCAGAAGUCAGACAUCCUGGGUCCAGAUCCUAGACCUUACAUUCUUUGAUACUACGGACAAUGAAUUUGGCUUCUCUGAAACUCAGAUUCCAAAUCUAUAUGGUGGAGGUCAAAGGAUUCCUGUCAAGUUUGGCGUGGUGGUACAUCCUGUAAUCCCGGGGCUCAGAAGGCAGAGGCAGGCAGAUCUCUGCGAGUUAAAGGCCAGCCUGGUCUACAGAGUGAGUUCCAGAUCAGCCAGGGCUAAGUAGUAAGGACCCUGUCAAAAUAAAAAAUAAAUACCUCUUAGAGCCAAGUAAGAGCACCAAAUAAUAAAUACCCACAAGCACAACACUCCAGAGGCUUCACAGUUUAAGGCCACCUUGGAUUAAAAGUUUCUCUAAAAAAAAAAAAAAAAAUUAAAAAUUAAAAGCUCAGUAAUUCCGGAGUCCUGACCCAGCAAUAGAACAGUGGCCCAGAAUCCCACAGUUCGAGGCUGUGAAUGUGGCUAAUGGGGGCUGGGGGCAUGGAUCAGGAGUAAAGUCCUCCUCCUCACCUUACCCUGGUCCCUCAACCCCACACUGAGACUCCCCCAGGGAAGGACUGGGUCUUGACUCAGGGUGGUUCCUGUCCAGUGGGGAACAGGAAGGUCUGGACACAUGCCACCCGUUCUGCAUCAUCAGGAAGCUGAAGCCCUUCUACAAGAUGGUGACUUCCUGGUACGUGCCUCAGAGUCCCGUGAGGGUUACUCUGUAACCUGCCGUUGGCACGCAAGACUACAUUUUGAGGUGUUUCAAGUAGCACUGUGUCCCAGGCCUGGUCAAGAUGAGAAAUUUGCCAGCACGUCUGCCCUCAUCCACAGUUACAGGACUCGCAGGUGCCCACUGUCCCCCACAGGAGCUGUGGUCUCCAAGCCUGUGAGUCCCAUCUUCUCUGUAAACACCCAUACCUUUCCUGCUUUUGGACCUUCCCUGCACCAGACACGCAGUGAACCCACAUUGUUGAAGCCAAGGAGGAAGAGGAAGGAGAGGGACAGAGGCUUCAUACGACCACAAGCUGGGGUCUCAUUUUGCUCCUCUGGCCACCCUUCCUGCUUGCUGGGUCUGAAGAAUCGGCCUUUGGACCCUGCAGUCCUGCGCACUCUCAGAAGCUUAUUUGUGGCACACCAUUUGGGGAGUACUGCUCUGCACCUGCUGUUGGUGGAUUGCCAGGCUAUAGGCCUGCUGGGAGUGACCAAGAGUCGGAGUGCCAUGGGUGUCUCCUCUGGUCUGGAACUACUCACACUUCCUCAUGGCCAUCACCUGAGGUUGGAGGUGGAGAGGUGAGGUGGGGAAUGGGGUAACUCCCUAACCAACUAGCUGGCUGUGCUGGGUUGCUCGGGGCCCCUGGAGGAGCGCACAGCCACUCUGAAAGGCCUGGUGGAGUUGGCAUUGGUGCUGAGGCCAGGAGCAAGGGACCUGCUGGGACUGGCAGGGGUCAUGGGCACCCUGCACAUGCCCCAGCUGCCCAGAGUCUGCAAGGUGAACAAGGGCCCCUUGAAGGCCUCUUAG